AUGGAAGCGCUCGGGGCCGCAGCUAGUAUCAUUGCAGUCCUCCAAGCUAUCAGCAGUUGCUAUAAAUUCUAUUCAGACGCCAAAGGUGCCAAGGACGACAUUGAAGCAUUAGAAAAAGAAACUGCCGGCCUUACGAUACUUAUUAAACGGAUUGAGGAAGAAUUCACCAACAAGUCAAGUGCUGGUCUAGAGCUCUCCACGACCGAGGAACUGAAAACUGCGCUUGAGGGUUGUAAGUCUGAACUACAGAGACUUGAAAAGAAACUAGACCCCGGAAAACAACAUAAGUUUCUAGGGGUCUUUAAAAGAUCUCUCAAAUGGCCGUUUAAAGGACCCGAAGCCUCCAAAAUCAUCCAGGCCCUUGCGAGAUGGAAGCAACAUAUCGCUUUAGCUUUUGAAAUAGACCAAACGAAGCAAUUACACGAUGUUAAUCGAAAGAUUGAUUUCUUGAACCUCCCAUCAGCUGAAGGGGCUGCUUAUGGGAGCUUUAAAGAUCAAAAUGAGCCAGAGUGCUUGCCUAAUACUAGGGUAGCGCUGCUGCAGGAUAUUGAGAAGUGGGUGCAAGACCCGCAGGGGAAAUCUGUUUUCUGGCUGAGUGGUGUGGCGGGAACGGGAAAAUCUACGAUCUCAAGAACGAUUGCCAAAGAGCUCAGUGAAAAGAGACGGUUGGCGGGUAGUUUCUUCUUUAGAAGAGGUGAAAGAGAUCGAGGAGAUGCUUCCAAAUUUUUCACAACGCUCGCAUCUCAGCUCGCCCACCACAUUCAUGGCCUCACCUCGAGCAUCCAAAACGCAAUAAAGGAGAACCCCGGGAUUGCGACUACGGGUAAUGGAGAACAGUUUGAGAAAUUGAUAUUUCAGCCACUCUCAAAGCUAAACCAUUCAUCAUCGGACCGACAGCACCCUCGUGCGCAGUCGGCGCACUCAUCCUCCUCAGUUACUAAGGCUGUUCUAGUUAUCGACGCUCUAGAUGAAUGUGACCGCGAGGAUGACCAGCAGCUUAUAAUCUCACUGUUGGCACGCUUAAGUGAGAUAAGGUCUGUCGUUGAUAUACGUGUUUUCUUGACGAGCAGACCCGAAGUUCCAUUACGUCUGGGCUUUCAGAAACUAUCGGGGGACAUCCACGAAGAUAUGAUUCUACACGAAAUUCCCGGGGUCGAGAAAGAUAUUACUCUUUUUCUAGAAUGCGAAUUUGCGAAAAUACGGAAGGACCAUCCACUACCUCCUCAGUGGCCCGGACAGGAAAAUAUUCGCCAAUUGGCAAAAAUGGCAGUACCUUUAUUUAUUUUCGCAGCCACGGUAUGUCGAUUUGUAGCCGACUGCGACCCGGAGGGCCAAAUAGAAAUAGUGAUGGGUUAUCAGUCGGAUUGGCACGUUUCACAGCUGGAAAAGACAUACCUGCCAAUAUUACACCAGUCAGCAAAGAGUGCUUUCUCCCGUAAGACUCUAACAAUGGAAUUUAGGGUGAUAGUUGGAACGAUCAUAAAUCUCGCAAGUCCGCUUUCAGUCUCCUCAUUAUCGAAGAUUCUAGCGAUGUCCGAGGGAAAAAUAAACGCCAGAUUAAGAGAGCUACACUCCGUGCUUGACAUACCAAAGCAAACCAAUCCGGAUGUCCCUAUUAGGAUGUUUCACCUUUCUUUUCGAGAUUUCCUAUCUGGUCAGGUUCUUUGCGACAAUUCUAACUUUCAUGACUUCUGGAUCGAUGAAAAAGAGGCUCACGCAGUCAUUUACAAGAAAUGCAUCGAACUCAUGUCGGGUACUGGAGGCCUAAAAAGGAAUAUCUGUAAUGUCAAGUCGCCGGGGACACUACGAGCCGGUAUAGACGAGGGGGUAAUCGAGAUUUGUCUACCAUCAGAGCUUCGAUAUGCUUGCUGCUAUUGGGUUCAUCAUUUGCAACAAAGCCAAAAUAAAAUUAACGAUAGCAGCCAAGUAUACAAGUUCCUCCAAAAGCAUAUUCUUCACUGGCUUGAAGCACUAAGUUUAUCAGGAGAAAUGAACAAAAUUGUUCUAAUAGUAGAUGCAUUGAGCUCAGCAGUAGAUAAUGAGACCGGCAAGGAUUUAUUAGCAUUAGUUCAAGAUAUGAAGCGGCUUGUGCGGCAAAAUCAAAGGAUCAUUGAUAUCGCCCCAAUGCAGGCGUACUGGUCCGCUCUUAUUUUCGCGCCUGGUAAAAGUAUUUUAAGAAAUAUUUUUAAUUUAGAUGUGUUACUUCCGGGGGUAACCCGGUUACCGAAAGUUCCGGAUCAGUGGGAUGCCAUUUUACAAACGCUGGAAGGGCACACAGGGUCGGUUUGGAGUGUAGCGUUCUCUAUCGAUGGGAAGAUGGUGGCGUCGUCGUCAAGCGACCGCACAGUCCGGCUUUGGGAUGCGACUACUGGGGUUUUAUUACAGACGUUGGAGGGACAUUCAAAUUGUGUUAGAAGUAUCGCAUUUAAUAGCAAGAUGUUGGCGUCGGGGUCGGAUGAUAGAAAAGUCAAGCUUUGGGAUCCAAAUACUGGUGUUUUAUUAAGGACGCUCGAAGGGCACAAAGACGCUGUUAAUAGUAUCGCGUUAUCUACCGACGGUAAAAUGUUAGCGUCGGGGUCGGAUGAUAAGACGAUCGGGCUCUGGGAUCCGAAUACUGGUGUUUUAUUAAGGACGCUCGGAGGGCAUAAAUACGGUGUUAAUAGUAUCGCGUUAUCUACCGACGGCGGGAUGUUAGCAUCGGGGUCGGAUGAUAGAACGGCCAAGCUUUGGAACCCGAAUACCGGUGUUUUACUCCAUACGCUCGAGGGGCAUACGGGCUGGGUUCGAAGUGUCGCAUUUAGCGGCACAAUGCUAGCAUCGGCGUCGGACGACCGCACAGUCAAGAUUUGGGAUGUGGCGACCGGAGCUCUAUUACGGACGCUGGAGGGUCAUACAAAUUCGGUUUUGGGCGUUGAAUUUUCUGUUGAUGGGAAAGUGCUGACGCCUGCGUCGGCCGACAGGACAAUUAAGAUCUGGGACACGGUUAAUGGAGCUUUGUUGCGGAAUCUGGAGGGGCAUACGGGGGAAGUUAACGGCAUCGGAUUCUCUGUUAAUGGUAAAACGCUGGCAUCAGCCUCAGACGACCGUACGGUUAGAAUUUGGGAUCUGAGUACUGGAACUUCGAUGGAGAAGAUGGAUCAAGAAGGGAAUAGAGAGGAUGUUACCCACGUUGUGUUCUCUGUUGAUGGUAAGAAGCUGGCGUCAGUGUGGGGUGGACGCGAAGUUGGGAUCUGGGACGCUGAUACGGCAGUGUUGCAACGUUCGUGGUGGGCGGUGCCAGAAUCAACACCGAGAAAUUCAGACUUAACAAUUUGGAAAAUUGCAUUUUCUGUUGAUAGCAAAACUGUGGUGACGGUGUCAUAUUUUGAUAAAAUUAAGAUUUGGGACGCUGACACCGGAGAAUUGCUACAGGUGCCCGAGGGAAACCUUUCGAAAUAUGCUUCUAAUUUCAAGUUGGUCGUCGACCACGAAACACCACUUGGAAGUUAUACAGUUAGGAUCUUGGACAUAGACACUGGAGCAGAACUUCAAGCUUUCAAUGCAGAACAUCUACCCCGCGCUAUUUAUAUCGCUGAUGGAGGUCGACAUAGUAUCGUUGAAAGAGGGGAUUUCGAAUUUCGAACGGAAGAGGAUCCCUCGACCCCCGGCGAGAAGAACUCACACGAAGGCCAGCAAGAACCCAUGGAUUUUAAAGAUGAAUGGCUGGUGCAAGGAGAAGACAGGUUCCUUUGGAUUCCGCCUGCCUAUAGACCAAACUACGACCGUUGUUGGGACGUGUAUGGCAACACUUUCUGCCUGGGCAGCCGGAACGGCACUGUCUGGUUUCCUACCUUCGAGAACUCUUGUCCCUACACAUCGCCUUAA